GGGCGGGCGCUGCGCUGCGGAGGAGGAGGAGGAGCAGUGAGGGCGGGAAGAUGGCGGCGGCCGCGGCGCCCGCGCAGCCCUGGAGCGCGGAGGAGCUGCGGAGCGAGGCGCUGCCCAAGAAGGACAUCAUCAAGUUCCUGCAGGAGCACGCGGCGCAGGCGUUCCUGGCCGAGCACCGGCUGCUGGGGCAGGUGAAGAACGUGGCCAAGACGGCCAACAAGGAGCAGCUGAUCGCGGCCUACACGCAGCUCUUCCACACGCAGCGCUUUAAGGGCACGGACGGCGCCGAGCGGGCGGCGGAGAAGGCGAAGCCCGGGAAGGCGGAGGGAGAGAAGGAGAAGGAGAAAGCGGCGAAGGCCGAGGAGCCCGCGGAGGAGGGCCCGCCGAAGUACACCAAAUCCAUCCUCAAGAAGGGCGACAAAACCAACUUCCCGAAGAAAGGGGACACCGUGCACUGCUGGUACACCGGGAAGCUGCAGGACGGAACCGUCUUCGACACCAACGUUCAGACGAGUUCAAAGAAGAAGAAAGCAGCCAAGCCUUUAAGCUUCAAAGUCGGUGUAGGAAAAGUUAUCAGAGGCUGGGAUGAAGCUCUCUUAACUAUGAGUAAAGGAGAGAAGGCUCAGCUGGAAAUCGAACCUGAGUGGGCGUACGGCAAGAAAGGGCAGCCAGAUGCUAAAAUUCCACCAAAUGCCAAACUUUUCUUUGAAGUGGAAUUGGUGGAUAUCGAGUGAAAUGAAGAUUCUUCUUUGCUGCUGGGAAUGCAUUCUGACAGCUGCAGUUCUGCUCUCGUAACUUCAGGAUAUAACUACAACUGUGGCCUUGUAUUGAAAUCAAAUCUGCUCCCCCCAACUGCUGUACAGUAACAUACCACUAAAGAAAACGCUGUUUAUACAUGCAA